AACGUGUUUUAUAACCUUUUUUAUAUUAUUAGUACAAGUUUAAUAAGAUAGUAAUAGUUAAGCAUAAAGUGAACAGUGAACUUCUGUUUACUUGUAUUUGUUUACUACAAUGGCGUCACGAAAACAUUGGGGUGAAUUUGAAGACGAGGACCGCGACGAAACUAUACUACAAACCGUAAACUUCAACCCGAUCAUAGAGCUUGGCAUGCAGAACAUACCAGAGAUACCCAUCUCCGUGAAAUCGUCACCAAUCGAGUUGCCGAAACCGAACCUUAUCACCCACACAAUACUGCUGCACUCAUACUCCCGGCAGCUUUCUGCGAUAUUAGAGCAAACGGAAAAUGCUGUCUUUGAAGGAGCACGAUUUGAUCCUAUGAGUCUGCCUGCAAUGCCACCAGAACCACCUCUACAAAUAGAACAUGCCGCUGCACCACCUAUUAAUUUUCUAGAAAAAGAAUACUGUGACUUCUCGCUUGGCAAAGGCCCUGUUGUUCUUCCUUUUACUCCAGAGAGCCACCAAAGAGCAUUGCGGCAAUGUGCAGCCAUCGCCUUAGGACACAUUGGUGUGUCAACUUGUACUAAUACAGCUGUCUACGCUUUAGCAGAUGCACUGGACUUCUACAUGACAAAUAUGUGCAAGCUGAUGAGAACUGUUGUGGACAGGGAGGCCAGUGGUUUGAAAUCUGGCUUUCCUGAUGUUAUUCAAAAGGUCUUUGCCGAUCUAAAUGUUGGGCAUCUCGGGGAAUUUUAUGAAAAUAGAGUUGCAAAAUACCAUGAAAAGAUUAAAAACCGUUGUAUAAAACUAAAAUCUCAAUGUGAAGCUUUAGCAGUCGGUGACAUUGCCCCACAGUUAAAGUUAGAAGAGGUUCCCGAACUACAUUUUCCGGCAGCUCUAGACGGGGCAUUCACUCCGUCAUUGGAGCCAGGGUUCCAAAUGCUGCACAGUUUAGAGCAAGAGCAGCUGCAAGGGUUAGACCUCCUAGACACAGUGUCCACCGAUGACAUAAAAGUGGAAACCAUGGAAUUCUCACAGCCCGAUGCUGCUGUCAAAUUGUUAUCAUUGUCUCCUAGUGCUAAAAAGAAGAGAAAAUAA